AUGAUGGAAAUGAACAGAGUCGUGACACUGGAGUUUUCUCUGGGAAUCUUUCACUGGAUGUUACCGAUAGUACAAACUACAAAAUGGAAUACUAGCCGAAGUGGAUUAUGUGGAAUAAGGUUUAAAAAGUUUGACGGAUCUAUCGAUUUAGACCCCUACGAUACCAUAUCACUAAAAAUCAAAGGAGAUGGGAGGAGUUAUAUAUCUACUAUUUACACUGAAAAUUGUAUAAACUCGUCUGGACAAAUGGAAGAUAAUUCAUGGCAAGCUUUUGUGUCUGUGCAUAAACACAUCUGGAUUCCAUUGGCGCAUUACCUUCGAACAUGGAGAGGGAAUGUAAUUGAGGCAGAUAUAGAAAUGAAUCCAUCAAGAGUUGUUGGAAUGUCAUUCUAUGUGAAUGCUGAAGGUGGUGUACCUGGUGCACAAACUGUGAAAAUUGAUUGGAUCACAGCCUUGAGAACUCAAUGA